GUAGAGAUUAUUGGGGCUGCUUUUCAUUUAUAAUUCAGGUAUCAAUCCUCGACGUUGAAGUGAACACAUCUGUCUCCAGCGACACAGUAGCGUCCCGAGGUUUGAGUGCGGCUCUACGGCGGACUCGUCUUCUCUAGGCCCCCUGCCGGAGACAGAAGAGUCUGCGUCUGUGAGGAAACUCUUAUUAGUUGGCAGCAGUUGAUCGGAGCAGGAGCGCAUGCUGUGAACCGCUGCAGUAAAGCAACGAUGGGCACUAAACUGGCUCAACUUCUCCUUUGCUUUUGGAUAACUUUACCAUUCUGUAUCACGGAAAAAGUCAAAGAAAGGAGCGCCCGGCAAAGAGACACGGAGUUCACUGACAAGUACCAGACGUGCAUGCAGGGUGUACCUGGAGUGCAGGGCAGGGAUGGGAACCCGGGGAUAAAUGGUAUUCCAGGCACCCCAGGAAUCCCUGGGAGAGACGGACUUAAGGGCGAGAAGGGAGAGUGUGUGACUGAGAGGUUCGAGGAUCCCUGGAAAUCCAACUUCAAACAGUGCGCCUGGAAUUCUUUAAACUACGGCAUUGAUCUGGGCAAAAUAGCCGAGUGCACAUUCACCAAGCAGCGAUCGGACAGCGCUCUGCGUGUGCUCUUCAGCGGUUCUCUCAGGCUCAAGUGUAAGACGGCCUGCUGUCAGCGCUGGUACUUCACCUUUAAUGGGGCUGAGUGCACUGGACCGCUGCCCAUAGAGUCCAUCAUUUACCUGGACCAGGGCAGCCCUGAACUCAACUCCACCAUUAACAUACACAGGACAUCCACAGUGGAGGGGCUCUGUGACGGGAUCCAGGCCGGGCUGGUGGAUGUUGGGAUCUGGGUGGGCACAUGUGCUGAUUAUCCUCGCGGAGACGCGUCGACAGGAUGGAACUCUGUCUCCCGGGUGAUCAUCGAAGAGCUUCCAAAAUGAGCUUCGUCUUCAUAACUGAUCACUGUCAUCAUCACCAUGGCAAUAGAAGACAUUGUGUUCCUGUCACAGAGAGGACCUUCCUCACAGAAAUGGGACAAAUUAAAGCUAAUCGAGUUGCUUUGAGUCUGUGCAGAUCUCAUGUUGUGUCAGAUUAUUAUUCUCAUUGUGAAAGUUGGGGAAUUCAGUAUUCUCAAUUUAGACAGUAUAGACAGUUACAAAAUAGAAGCACCAUGUUUGUACUAUGGUUUUUUGGACACUACCAUAAUUGAAAUUUUAAUGAUGAGAAAAGUACCUUGUACAACGUAAAUAUGGUGUUACUGUAUCACGUCAUCACUGUACAAUGCUACCGCCAUUUUAAGGAGAGUCCAACAAAGAUGAUCCUUGCUUUGCUGAUAUUUAUUUAGUGGCUCCUCCUAUUGUGCCUGGAUGACUAGAACUCAUAUUUUUGUAUCCAUUGUGUUUUUAUUACCUAACACUAUGAAGAAAAGUCAGGUCAUGUUUCACCUCAAAAUUAAAAAUGAAAUGUGAAAACAAAUCUCAAUUUCUUUACUGUAAUAUAUAUACAGUUGUGCUCAAAAUUAUUCAUACCCAUGGUAAAUAUGAUCAAAGGUGGCUGUG